UUUUUUGCGCUUGCAUUCCUCAUUAAUUAACAUUCUGAACCAUGUCCGUACAAAAUUCAAAUUCUCAACAACACAUGCAGACAGCAGCAGCCAGUGCAGCGCCCACUAUCGCCACGUCGGCGGUUCUGUUGAUCAAGGGCUACGACUUUGACAACGGCAUCGACUACAAUGCCCUGCUCGGUUCAUACUUGACAACCGGUUUUCAGGCGACCAACUUCGGACGUGCCAUAGAAAUUAUUAACCACAUGCGCGCCUGGAGGCUCUCUGACGAGCCCCUUGCUGAGGGAGCUAGCGAGACCGACGAAAGCGAUCUUGCGUACCGCAGCACUGUCAAGUGCAAGAUAUUCCUUGGGUAUACGUCGAACCUAGUGUCAAGCGGAAUUCGCGAAACGAUAAAGUACCUGGUUAAGCACAGUUUUGUUGACGUUCUGGUCUCGACAGCUGGCGGUAUCGAGGAGGACUUUAUCAAGUGCCUGGCACCGACAUACUUGGGCGACUUCGACCUUAAGGGUCGCGAUCUGCGCAGUAAAGGUCUGAACCGUACAGAUUGGGUAAUGCCCAUUCUCGAUCAGAUGCUGGUGGAGCAAAGGGAGCAGGGCAUCGUGUGGACGCCAUCCAAGGUCAUCCGCCGCCUGGGCAAGGAGAUCAACAACCCAGAAUCCAUCUACUACUGGGCAUACAAGAACAACAUCCCGGCAUACUGUCCGGCGAUUACCGACGGCUCGCUGGGCGAUAUGCUUUACUUCCACUCUUUCCGCAACCCUGGCCUGAUCAUCGACGUAGUUCAGGACAUCCGCGCCGUCAACAGUGAGGCCGUGUUUGCCAAGAAGACUGGCAUGAUUAUCCUGGGAGGUGGUCUAAUCAAGCAUCAUAUCUGCAAUGCCAAUCUCAUGCGCAACGGUGCCGAUUUUGCCGUUUACAUCAACACAGCCCAGGAGUUUGAUGGCAGUGACGCGGGCGCACGGCCAGACGAGGCUGUCUCAUGGGGCAAGAUCAAGGUUGAUGCCGAGUCUGUCAAGGUGUAUGCCGACGUGUCGCUGGUCUUCCCGCUGCUGGUUGCCCAGACAUUUGCCAGAGGCGACUAGCCGUAUUUAUCUUCAAUUUUUUAAUUGCUACCAAUAUAUGUCAUCAUUUGCCGAGUUUCAACGUCCGCUUUGUCUUGUCCAGCUGAAGAGGCAAUUGGUUUGCUGGUGGUCAGUAAACACGAGCUGUUCUGGACUAAGUGCAGCACGCCUAUUAUAUUCGUGUCGAUAAAAUGAACUUAAAAGGGGAUUAAGUCGUCAAAGCGCCAAAGGGCACAUGCGAGACCACGCGUUCGCUUUGUUAAACCCUUUAUAAAAACAAAGGGUAGCCCUGGGCGGCUGAUCAGCAGAUUUAUUGAGUCCCUUGGCUGCUUAUGAUUGGCUGCUGUCUCCCCCGCCUUCUCUCAUCCCCGCAUUGACGUGGCAGGCAUUCC